AUGCGACUUUUUGGAAUAGCUGGCCUAGCCGUCCUAUUCGGGUUUGUGCCGUUAAACCAUGUAAAUGCAAAGGAGCAACGCAAAUCGAGUGUUUGCACAGUCAAAGCUCAAGGGAACCAGAAAGAUGAUGUCCCAAACAUACUCGAAGCUUUCCACCAAUGUGGCCACGGAGGUACCGUUGUUUUCCCGGAGGAUCAGUCGUAUUGGAUUGGAACUCGUUUGAACCCCGUGGUAAACGAUGUGUCCAUUGAUUGGCGCGGAAAAUGGACGUUCUCCGAUGACCUCAGUUAUUGGCGAAACAACUCGUAUCCAGUUGCCUUUCAGAACCAUGCUGCCGGUUUUGUUCUCACAGGCCACAACAUCUCAAUCAACGGAUAUGGGACUGGUGGCAUCGACGGCAACGGGAAUAUAUGGUAUACGGCAGAGAAAGGUGACACACAGCCAGGAAGACCUAUGCCAUUUGUCUUUUGGAACGUGUCCGAUGUUAGUGUCGAAAACUUUUAUGUCAAAGAUCCCCAGUUGUGGAGUGUGAACAUCAUGAACGGGACCAACAUGCGGUUCAAUAACAUCUACUGCAAUGCUACUGCAGUCGAUGCCCCAUAUGGUCAGAAUUGGGUUCAGAAUACGGACGGAUUUGACACCAUGGACGCAAAGAACAUCCAGCUCACCAACUUUGUCUACCAAGGCGGAGACGAUUGCAUAGCUAUCAAGCCGCGGUCAUACAACAUUGAUAUUCACAAUGUGACUUGUCGCGGUGGCAACGGGAUUGCGAUCGGUAGUCUGGGCCAAUAUCAAGAAGACUCAGGCGUGGCCAACAUCCGCAUCGAUAAAGUGAAGGUGAUUCGCUAUAACGAGGACAUGCACAACAGUGCAUAUAUCAAAACUUGGGUGGGUGCUCUUAUGCCGCAGACAUCAUAUGAGAGCGCUGGGCUCCCUCGUGGGGGUGGUUGGGGCAGCAUUCGCAAUGUGAUAUUUUCGAACUUCGACAUCCAGGGAGCGAACGCAGGCCCUUCCAUCACGCAGGACAAUGGUAACAAUGGAUCCUAUUCCGGGACAAGUUUGAUGAGCAUUUCAAACGUGGCAUUUGUGAAUUUCACAGGUAGUAUCGAAACUACUUCAAAGGUGGCAUCCGUAUCUUGUUCCAAGGUGCAUCCAUGCUAUAAUAUCGAUUUUAAUAAUGUGGUCCUGUACGGGAAGAACGCAAGCACCCCUGGUAUUGGAUCUUGCAAGUACACAGAUGUCGGUGGAGUCCAUGGACUCAGUGGAUCCAUGUCAGAGACUGUGCAGCAGGCGUUCUCCGGUCGCGACUGCCCUCUCAUCUCUUACGGUAUCCCAUUCCCAGAAGCCGCCUCCCGUCAUUUGCGCGAGUCCUUCCAAGCAUCCCGCGUCUACGUGAUCUGCUCACAAACGCUGGCGCGAACAACGGAUGUGAUUGAGCGCUUAUCAAAUGCUCUGGGUUCGACUUUGGUGGGCCAUCGGGUAGGGAUGAAAAGCCAUACACUGUGGUCAGAAGUAUUGCAAAUUACAGAAGAAACCCGGGCCCUUGAGGCAGAUGCCAUCCUUACUGUAGGAGCUGGCAGCUUGACCGAUGGAGCUAAAAUUGUUGCAUUGGCCCUUGCAAAUGGCAUCAAAACUGCAGAUGAACUCAAAACCCUUGCAGAAGGACCCGACAAAAGAGACAGCAUUACAGCACCCCAAAUACCCAUCAUUUCAGUUCCAACGUCCCUUUCUGCUGGCGAAUUUUCUGACUUUGCAGGUGGGACAGAGGACAGUUCCAAACGUAAACACAGUUUCCAACCACCUACUCGUGGGCCUCAGCUUGUGAUUUUUGACCAAGAGUUGGUUAAAUCCACCCCAAACUCAAUUUGGCUCAGCACUGGUGUGCGCGCGAUUGAUCACUGUGUCGAGUCUCUGUGUGCGAUCAAAGGCACGACCGAAGCUUCAAAUACACUGGCUAUACAUGCGCUGAGCCUAUUAGUAUCCGGUCUUCUACGCUGCAAGAAAAGCCGGGAAGACCGUGAUGCACAUUUGCAGUGCCAACUCGGCUCGAUUGAUGCCAUGGCUGCUUGCACGAGCGGGUCCAUUGAACUAGGAGCUAGCCACGGAAUAGGACACCAGCUCGGACCGCUAGGUGUCGGUCAUGGUGAAACAAGCUGCAUACUCCUGCCGGCUGUGUGUAAGUUCAAUGCAAAGUAUGAAGCCAACUGCGAGCAGCAGGAAAGCGUACGUCUAUCCCUGAUUGGGGAACCUAUUGUGUCGGAACUUUUACAUACUCGAUCGGUGAGUGUGGACACUUCGGACUUGGGUGAUGUUUUGGAUGUCAUUACUCGUGAACUGGGAAUGCCUCGGUCCUUGACUGAUGUCCAUGUGGGACGGGAUAAGUUGGAUGAACUUGCAGCGAACAGUUUGCAUGAUCGUUGGUGCAAGACAAAUCCGAUCCCACUCGAAAAGCAUUCUCAGGUCUUGGAGAUCUUAGAGAUGGUGAUAUAA